UACUCGACUAUUUAACCCAUGGUAUCGUGUUGGAAGUCUUGACAUUUGGCGAUAACUUAUCAGUUGUGUGCGGUGUAUAGAUUCGUGGUUGUGUGUACGAAAUUCGUGAAUAAUGAUGUAAAUGCGAGUAUAACGGCGAAGAUGAGCAUCGGGAAGAUGGGCUGCCCCGGGGGUGGCCUUUACGUGGUCGAGGGCGAGGUCAGCCUCCUCAUGACAGCGAUGCGUCGAGGUGCACGAUGGUCUUCGCAUUCCCAUCAGGAUGAGGACCAGGAUACGCUGAUGAAAGGCCUAGCAAGUUUGAAGGAAGCGUUGAAUGAUGCUGAUAAUUUAGCCCAGCUUGAACCCAGUGUAUUUCUGGCCCCAUUUCUUGAAGUCAUCAGGUCUGAAGAGACAACCGGCCCAGUUACUAGUCUAGCACUAUCAGCAGUUAACAAGAUUAUAUCCUAUGGCCUCAUUGAUCCUGAUCACAACGCAGUAGCUCCUUGCGUUGAAUCUGUAGCUGAUGCUGUAACUCAUGCAAGAUUUGUGGGAACGGAUGCUUCGGGAGAUGGAGUGGUCCUUAUGCGUAUUCUGCAAGUCCUGCGAGGUCUCGUGCUCUCAGCUGCCGGCAACUUUCUUUCAAAUGAAAGUGUUUGUGAAAUUAUGCUUAGCUGCUUUAGAAUAUGCUUCGAAACAAGGCUCAGUGAGUUGCUUAGGAGAACUGCAGAACACUGUUUGAGAGAUAUGGUGCAGCAUCUCUUCACCAGACUACCGCAAUUUGCAGAUGAUACUAGGGUUCUUUUGAACAUGAAAAAAAUGAGAACCAAUGGCAUGGAGAAUACCCGUACUAAAAAUAGAAAGAACAAAAUUCACGUCAAACAGAAAUCUAAAUUAUCUCCUGAUGAUGAUGAAAAUGAAACACAACUUCUCAGCCCUGUUGAAAGAGUUAGAGCCAGCCAUUUAUCAACUACACCAAUUACACCGUCUAGUAAUAUUGUCGAUAUGCAAGGAUCGCUGGAUCGUGGAACCCCUGACAGGGCUGAUGACGAAAAAAGUGAAAACAAAAUUAAUAUAACUGAAAUUGAAGCAAAGACAGAAGAUUCUGACAAAAAUCAAAUUAAUACGGAAACUAGCACCGAUCAGGAUAAUUCAAAAGAUUCCGUCAAAAAUGACGAGUCUGCCAAAAUCGAAAAUAAAGAAGGCCUGGAACCAGUGUUAUCAAAUGAUGCAGAAAAAGAAAGCGAGGAUAAAGUUGAUGAUGCUAAAAUUGUACCUGAUCAAGAUAAAUCUUCCGUCGAACAAAAUCCAAGUGUUCCUCAGGGGGCUAAGCCACUUGGAGUAAACGAAAAAUCUGUAAAUUUGGUGCAAUCUCCAACUGGCAGUGUGGAGGACUUGUCUAUAGAUGAUAAUAGUAAUAUGAAUAAGGAGGUGGGAUUGCAAAAAAUGAAGGAGGAUGCAGAACUGCCGGAAGAAUACAUUAACACUCAGGGAGUGAGAUUUACACCUCUCCAACAGUUGGCACCAUACGGAGCGUUAUGUAUUCGGGAACUCUUUAGAUUUCUAGUUUCUCUUUGCAGUCCACUUGACAAACAAAACACUGAAGUAAUGAUGCACUUAGGGCUCAGUUUGCUGCAGGUAACACUGGAAGUGUCCGCAGAUACUCUUGCCAAUUUCCCAUCACUACUUUCUCUAGUCAAAGAUGACUUAUGCAGAAAUUUGAUCUUGCUUUUGGGAUCUGAUAGGCUAUCAAUCCUUGCAGCAGAUCUUCAAGUUUCAUUUUUGUUAUUUGAAUCAUUAAGAGAAUAUCUCAAAUUUCAAAUGGAGUUUUACCUCACAAAGUUGAUGGAACUUGUCAAUUCAGAUUCAAAUAGAAUAACGUAUGAACAGCGAGAGUUAGCAUUGGAAGCCAUAGUGAGACUAUGGCGGAUACCUGGUUUGCCGGCAGAAUUAUAUCUUAAUUAUGAUUGUGGACUAUAUUCCAAAAAUCUUUACGAAGAUCUUACAAAGUUAUUGUCAAAGAAUGCUUCAACAGUGUCAGGUAGUAUGCACAGUAUACUACUGAUAUCGUUAGAUGCGUUGAUAAUGUUGAUUGACGGAAUUGAGUCCAGGUGUAAGGGAGUCGAGGAACAACGAAGAAUUUCUCGACAUCUGCCGUCACUAAAUUUACCUACUAGAGAUGAGUUACUUGCAACCAAAGCUAACAAGAGAUGGCUAGUCCUUGGAACUGAACAGUUUAAUGCCAAACCUAAAUCUGGAAUCAAUGUUCUUAAUGAAAAAGGUUUACUUGGGGGUACAACAGGUCAUCCAGAUCCACAGAAAAUUGCUAAACUAUUGAGAGAAAAUCCGGGUCUAGACAAGAAAGAAAUAGGAGAUUACAUUAGUAGGAGAGAUAACAGAGAAGUGCUACAAUGCUUUGUAGAGAGCUUUGAUUUUCAACAGACGCGCAUUGAUCAGGCUCUCCGAUUCUAUUUGGAAUCUUUCCGACUCCCUGGAGAAGCACCACUUAUCUCACUGCUGCUUGAAAAGUUUGCUGAACACUGGCAUAUUAGCAACGGAAAACCAUUUGCUUCUGCUGAUGCUGCUUUUACGUUGGCCUAUGCCAUAAUCAUGUUGAAUGUAGACCAACACAAUCAUAAUGCCAAACGACAGGGUAACCCCAUGACUGCAGAAGAAUUCAAGAAAAAUUUGAAAAAGGUUAACGGUGAUGCUGAUUUUGAUCAAGAUAUGUUAGAUGAAAUAUAUACAGCUAUUAAGAGUGAAGAAAUAGUCAUGCCAGCUGAACAAACUGGAUUAGUGAAAGAUAACUACUUGUGGAAAGUGUUACUCCGUAGAGGUACUGGGCCCGAGAGUAACUACUUAAAAGUUGGCAAAGGAGGAGAACUUGUUGACAGGGAUCUGGCCGUACAUGCUUGGGCACCUGUUGUAACUGCUCUAUGCAGAGCUUAUAAAGAAUCGUCGGACAGACCUUUACAGCGCAAAGUUGCUCAAGCAUUCCUAAGGUGUGCCUCGAUCAGUGCCCACUAUGGAAUGAGUAGUGAUUUAGAUACAUUGGUCGUCAGUCUAUGUGAAUUCACAGGGUUGGCUACAGGGGGUGAGCCUGAACAGCUGAUUCUCCAGUUAGGAGGCAGUGGUCGUAGUCAAUUAGCUGCGCGUACUCUUUUUGAGGUAACGCAUCGGCAUGGAGAUGCGUUGAGAGCAUCUUGGAGAAAUGUCAUAGAUUGCUUGCAAGCUGUAUAUAAAGCCAAGCUGCUGCCGAGAAUUCUCACGGAAGGUGAAGACUUCCUUGAUCUAUCGGGGAAAGUAUCCCUCAUUCGGAAGAACGUCACCCCCAGAGCACCUCCUGCUGAACAAAGCAUUUUUUCCAGCCUGUACUCAUACAUUGCAUUAGAUGCAUCGCGAGGUCCACACCCUGCAGAGGCCACUGCUCGCAAAAGAGCAAAGCAGUGUAUAACUGAUUGUAGGCUUGAAUUGAUUAUUGCUGAAAGUAAAUUUCUACAGGUGGAAUCACUUCGAUCUUUUGUGGGAGCGCUAGUUGCAGCAAAUCCUCACGACGAAGAUCUUGCAGUUUUUCUUCUCGAAAUUCUUCUUAAAAUUACGAUUCAGAAUCGUGAUAGAGUAAUGCGCAUUUGGCCGAUUGUUCAAACACACAUCGAAGGGUUAUUAACCACUGCUGCCCGAGAGAACCAUGCGUAUCUGCUUGAAAGGGUCGCUGUUGGAAUGUUAAGAUUAGCAAUUAGAUUGCUGCGGGGCGAGGAAUUGGCUGGUGCCGUUUUACCACCUUUGACACCGCUAACCCACUUACCUUCAGCAACAACUGCUACUUUGGCCAGGCAACUUGCAUAUGGAUUAUUCGAACUUUUAAAAACUGGUGCUGCCAACAUCCAUACCACGGAAGAUUGGAAAGUUGUUUUCAGUUUAUUAGAAUGUGUGGGUGCUGGAGCAUUAGCUCCAAAACAUACUAAUACAGUCUUAGACGAUGCACCUAGCAGAACAUCCGUUUUGGAUCCAAGACCUGUUAGCCCUAUACCAGAAUGGGUGCUGGUUUCUCCUACUGGCACCGAAGCUCCCUUGCCCGUCACUGCCGAUACUAUAGUCCUGGAUAGAGAUCUGCAUGAUCACGAUCCGGCAGCUCUUGUCAAAUGUUGUGAAAGUCUUGCAUUCUUAGUAAGAGAUGUUGCUCACGUUACUCCAUUCAACUUUGAACUGUGUGUGCGCUGCGUUAGAACGUUUGCGGAGGCUGUUUUAGUCAGCGCAGGCAAACGACAUAAGGCUCAAAGUGUUGAGGAAGAACCACCUGGAUAUCAACAAACCCCGAUUCAAUUAUUGGAUUUGAUGCAUACUUUGCACACAAGAACUGCUCAAGUAUUCCGAUGGUGGGCUGAAGAAGGCGGGGCUGCAGAAGGAGUUUCUUUGUGGCCACAGGGAUGGCGACCGUUAUUGCAAGGUAUAGCGAGGCUAUGUUGCGAUGCCCGUAGAUCUGUUCGCACAUCGGCUGUAACUUACCUGCAGAGAGCUUUACUCGCUCAUGAUUUGGCACAGCUGGCUGCAGCAGAAUGGUCUCAAUGUCUCGAGCAUGUUCUAUUUCCUUUGCUGGCCCAACUUCUGAGCCCGAUAGCACCAAAUGACCCAAUUGGAGUAGAAGAAACUCGAGUACGAGCAGCAACGCUGCUCUCAAAAGUAUUUUUACAUCACUUAACUCCUUUGCUGACACUACCUGGAUUCCUGCCAAUAUGGCUUACGGUUUUAGAUUUAUUGAAAGCUUACAUGUAUGCUGAUAAUAGUGAGCUACUUUUCGAAGCCAUUCCGGAAUCCUUGAAGAAUAUGUUGCUGGUUAUGGCAUCUGCUGGCGUUUUGGCCCCAAGCUCAAACCUUUGGACACCUACAUGGCGAGCGAUAGAUACUUUUCUACCUAAUUUAAAGGCGGAACUUUUUCCAGAGCCAGCACCUCCUUCACCUGAUCAUUCUAAACCACAAGUUGUAACUUUACUCGGGCAGCAACAACCUUCCUUUCCAAGUCCAAUCGCCCCACAACCUGAUACAUCUUCCCUGAAGCAUUCUUCACACCAAUCUGAACCCAUAGAAGAAGCUGCAGGUAUCUGUCCAACACUUUUAGAGUCAGAUAAAUUCGUGAUUGGUGGUACAAGUCCGACAUCAGGAACGUCGGCAUCUUGUGUAGCUGAAAGUAAGGAAACUCAACAAGUGAUCACUCUUGUAAAUCAACCGGCCCCAAGUGUAGCUAGUCCAGUGGCUGUUCAGCCAAUGGCUCAGCAGACUUUUGACAUCACUCAAAUGCCGACUCAACAGAAAAAUUUCGAACAUCAGCAACAGCACGAGCUUUAUUAUCAACAUUUGUCUCAGCAGCAAGAAUACCAACAGUCAAAAUCACAGGUGGAAUAUCUAUAUUCGUCUUUGCAUCAAACUGGACUUGAUAUUGAGAAGGCUACACAACAGAAUAACGAGCAACAGCCUGCAACAGAACAGACUGAAACACAACUUCCUGUACUUCAACCUCUGCAACCACAACAACAAUAUUUACAUUUACACCAACAAAAACAGCAGGUGCAACAGCAACAGCUUCAAUAUCCUGGGACAGCCAGUCCAGUUCAUCAAAUGCAUCAGGGUUCUCCACCAGUUAUGUCGACCGACGCAUCCUCAUCAGCCACUGUCUUUAAUUCUGCAGCAUAUUUUUCAGAGGAUCCCGCGGCGGAUCGUCUUUUCACCGUCACCACGCCGUGACAACUGUACAUUUUUUACGUGUAUUGUAUCAUAUAAUUGUUAAUUUUAAGUUUUAUCGCAUCUUCUAUAAAAUAAAUUUGUAGGUAUUCAAAGAA